CCCAAACCGUCGACGCAAGCUGUCCUAACCGUCGGCCUCCCCGUGUCCCGCUUCGCCUCUUCUAAUACUCUGAAUGUGGCUUCAAAAAGGCAACCGGAGUUAAGUCACGGAAAGUGGGAGAAAGGAAAAAAAAACGUGCGAAAACGGUGAAGAUGAAAAAGAAAGGACUGGAGGGAGAAGUGAUGGACGGGUCAGAUAUAAUAGAGUUGGUUGGGAACGAAGAGGUGUUUACGAGCUUUGUGGAUCACAAGUUUCAAGAACUCGACAAAGACUGUGACGGGCAGCUCUCCGUGAAGGAACUCCAGCCCGCCGUCGCCGACAUUGGUGCUGCUAUUGGGUUGCCUGCUAUCGGCUCUUCUCCCCACUCUGAUCAUAUUUACUCUGAGGUUCUUAAUGAAUUCACACAUGGAAAGCAAGAGAAAGUAAGUAAGAGUGAGUUCAAAGAGGUUCUUGGAAAUAUUCUACUAGGCAUGGCUACCGGUUUAAAGAGGGACCCUAUUGUAAUUCUUCGCAUGGACGGUGAAGAUCUUCUAGAGUUUUUAAACAAUCCAUCUUUUGAACCAGACAUGGUUUCUAUAUUUUCUGAGAUACAACUACAUGAUGGCUCCCUGAAAGAAUACAUAGUGAGUGCAUUCAAGAAACUAACAGUUGAUCAUGGCGUGCCUCCUACCUCGGAUUCUUGGGUAAUGCGCAACAUUGUGGAACCAGCUGUCGGACGAUGUAGUACUACAGUCAACGAACUGGUUACAAAAGACGCAUUCGUGGUUGAGUUUAAGAAGGUGGCAGAGAAUGUUGCUCAAUGUCUGAAGGAACGUCCAGUAAUUGUUGCUCAUACUGAGAACACCUUUGAUGGCAGUGGCAUUAAGAAGUUGCUGUCCAACAAAUUUGAAUUUGAUAAGACUCUGGAUUCUUCUAUUCAAAAUGUGCCCAAAGAUCGUCAUGGGAAAAUGUCAAAGAAAUACCUCUGUGUGACACUUGAUCUGCUGGCUCCUGCAGCUGGCCUGCCACCCAUAGGUGCUGUUGAUGAGAUGGACAAGAUAAUUGAUGAAACACUGAAGAUGUUGGAUGGUGAUGAUGGGAAAAUGGUAAAAGAGGAGGAGUUCAAGAAACUGUUAAGGGAGAUACUGGGUGGUUUGAUGAUGCGUUUGGAAGGGAAUGCUAUUUCGGUGUCCACAAACUCCGUUGUGCACGAACCCAUUGCUUCGGCCUCCACUCUGUUGGAUCCGCCUUCCCCAUGAUAUGCUGAAAUCAGAUGAGAUCAAUGUAUGUGUUGGUGUAGGUAUGGUGAUGAUGGGAAAAUGGUAAAAGAGGAGGAGUUCAAGUAAGUGUUAAGGGAGAUACUGGGUGGUUUGAUGAUGCGUUUGGAAGGGAAUGCUAUUUCGGUGUCCACAAACUCCGUUGUGCACGAACCCAUUGCUUCGGCCUCCACUCUGUUGGAUCCGCCUUCCCCAUGAUAUGCUGAAAUCUGAUGAGAUCAAUGUAUGUGUUGGUGUAGGUAGGAGGGAAUAAUAACAGUUUCACAUAAUGCUCUGAUAUAGAAGACCACUCAGUUACUACCUAAUACCUUCUGAAUUUUUUGUAAAUAUGGCUACUAUUGUGUAUUUCCAAGUAUUUAGGGGUGGCGAUUUGAGUCAAACUCUUGCAAUAAUUCCAAGUAGUCUUAUAUGGAAGUGCAUCCUCUG